UCAACGCAGAAAUUCUGGCGAUCAUAAACAAAAGCACGUGACAGGGGUGGUUGAGUGAAUUCAAAGUCAGCGUCUCAUUCUUCUUAACCUUUACAACAGAUAAAAUGUAAGUCUUUUUCUGUCUGCUACUCACACUGCAUGAAAAACAAACAGAACACAACAUAUUAAAUUUGGAUACACUGUAUCGAUACUCUUAUAAGCAUUAACUUUAACACGUUUGCAUUAAAUCAAAUUAAAGUGAUGCAAACUCGUGUGUUUGCUGUAAGCGUAACACAAUGGCUGCUGGCAUAAAAGAACAAAACGGGUGCGUGCUACUUCCGCUUCGCUACUGCUCUGCUCACACAUCUGUGAAAUAAAUCUGAAGUUAAUGGGCGUGGUUAGCUUCAAAUCAAAGACACAUUCAACAUGUGACACCACCGCGGUCGAAUGAAGUGGUAACUUAUACAAGUGACUGAUUUAUAAAGGUGUUCAAGCUCUGUUCAAGGACAACACUUUAAAAACAUGGCUUGAAAUAUUUUUCGUCGGAGUCUUUUUUUAUCUCGAGAGAAAAUGUGCUUUUCGAAGAUUUGGAACCAAACAACAAAGCGCUGUGAGGAAAGCUCCGCCGGGAAGAAUUAUCAGAACACCUGACCAUUUUGAGCUGCUUGAAGAUGGAAAGCGUUUUUGGAAAGGCGAGAGAGGGAAGCGCAAUGCAGCGCUUCAGCCACAGCGGCAAGGCGCUUUUACCGUUGACCAGACAAAUCCUGAUAGUACUGUGGGAAAACGUUCGCUUAAUGCUUCACGUCAUCUGUUGCAGCCUUAUGGCAGUUUUCCAGAUGUUCAGAUUUGAAGUUCACCUGCGCAUCACAGAUGACACAGGAGAACAUAUUCAGCACAUGACGAAUGCUCGUGGUGAUACUGAAGGUUUACUACUGUCAUCACUGUUUAAAAGUCCUCUGUCAAGGUUUAACAAGGAUCCUUUUAACCUAAACACACAUUCCAGGUCUGUUCUCUCCAGUCUUGUUAAAGAUGAUCUCUGCUGCUCACUGGUGGACGAUUUAGUAUCUCACGCAACUGAGUGUCUCAAUGAUAAUGAAGAUGUGUGUGCAGGCGAGCAGUUUGCCUGGAAGCACAGAUUUGACUGGAAAGGCCUAGAGAGUAGAGUAGAUGAAGAAUGUAUACAAAGUGUUCAUGGGAAGGAUGUUCAUGAACAGAGUGAUUCUUGUACUGGACUGGAAUGUAAUUUAUCAAGGUUAACGCUGAAAAGUCAAAGUUCAGAUAGCGAGUUCAGCUGGGGCAGCUCAGACAGUUCCUCCAUAGAUCGAGAGAACUGUGAUGGGCUCUGGGAUCUUCUUAGGUGUUCAAAUGAUCCCUACCACCCACUGCACUUCACAGCGUGUAUAUCCAGUGCAGUUACUAAUAAACAGAGAACACAAGCUGGAUCAAGUCAGCAAAGAAAUGAGUUCCCAUCAAUGGCAUCUAGUGUGUCAUGUUGCUCAGAUUCUAGUGAACAAGGAAACAUGGAGAUUGUCAACUCAGAAGACGAAGAGGAGGCAUUGUGGAAGUCUCUGUGUCGGAAUGAUGACCCUUACCACCCACUGAAUUUUAGAGCUCUUCUUAACAGUGCACAUACAUUUAAAUACUCCCAUGAGAAAAGCCCUAAAACAUCCAGAGACCAAAGAAACACUAGAUGUCCUAAGGCAUUUUUUAUGCAAAGGCAAAUUAUCAGUCACCAGUGUCCUCAGUUGUGUGUGGAAAAGCCAGCAAAAGUUCCCUGGAAAAAGCCCCUAAAUAAGACUGUUGAUGCCAAGAUAACAAAGAAAAUUUCUACUUUGAAAAGGGUGAAAUUCUCUCCAAUUGUUCAAAUACACAAGAUGAGAGCCUGGUCAUUUGCUCUUCAAGCAUGCCGUAAGGGGCCAUGGGAGGAGCAUGCUCGGGAUAGGGACCGUUUCCAGAGGAGAAUUUGGGAAACAGAGCAGGCCAUAGGAUAUUGUUUCAUGCAAUCACACAGAGAUAAGUUUUUGAGCUAUCGCCAAAGCACCAAAUAAGCAUUUUCCAGGAAUACUGGAUUGGAAACUGGACUGGAUCUCUUAACAACUCUACUGUGUUGUGCACACAUUUUAAAGUAAAUAAAUUUUCUUUACAGUGCCUUAUAUACUAGUGACAAUAACAAUGUAACAGCAGUUUUGCUAUAAAUGUAGGUGGCAUUGAUGGUUGAGGCUGUUGUUUUUAACUGAUGAGGAUGUUUUCAUACACAAUUUUUUCAAGAAACUGCCCUUAAUUGUGUAUUCAUAUAGUUUAUUGUUUUUGUCAGAGUUUAGUAACCCUGUAAGUAGAGUGUGUGUAACAGAGGGGUUAAAAACAAAGCAUGAUGAAACUCACUCCCCUGAGAAGAAAUCAAUUAGCAUCUUCCCUUGGCACGCCAGUGGAAGCACAAACUGCAUGGUGUAAAGAGGAGCAAUAAUGUAGGCAACCUGUAACAUUCAUUAUCACGAUGGAUGUCAUUUUACAAGUGUUGUAAGCUUGCUUUCCUGGGCACACUUGUUAACAUACAGCCUUUAUAUGAUAUAUGUGUGUAUUGGAGAUAGUUGUGAUUGACACAUUUAGAUAUUCGGUUGCAUUUUUGUUUGUGUGUACUACUGAAUCUUAUGCUAUCUCUACUGAUGUUAGUGUACCUGGUUGCAAGGCAACAGAGAGAUCUGUGCUUUGUUGCAUUCAAAGCUUUACAGAAGAUUGCAGCAGGAAGAGUGCAUUGUUGGAGUGUAGCCAGCAUGGUCAUAAUAGAGAGUGGUGAAGCUAAGAAAGUGGGAGUGUAUGGGACUUGAUCUCUGGAGUCCCAAUUACACUGUUAAGACCAUCUGAUGCAAUCAUUAGCCACUGAGAGUUAAACACAAAUGGUAGCAUAGACAAACUCAAACAGUACCACAGGGUUUCCUCCCACAUUCUUUAAUGAAAUGGUGAAGACUCAUUUUGUUUUAUUCAAGUUUAAAUUGACUAAAAAUCUGUGCUUGUUAUUAACAUUUUCGCUUGUUGAAUUUUGUUUUUGCUGUAAGGUUUGUUGAAAAUCAGAUUAAAUAUUAAGUACAUUAUGUUUACCAAAGUUCUUAGUUCAGGUUAUUUUGUUCUGUGUACUUGAUAGCAAGCCUUAUUCAUAUCAUAUCUAGUCAAGAUAUAUUGUCACUUAUGCAAGGGUUAUUGUGGGAUGAAAGCCAAUUAAAUCCUUCAAACAAAUGGAAAAUCUUCUCCCUAUCCACCUUCCAAAAAACACUGAGAAAAUAAGGUACUAUGUUGUUGGUCAGGUUUAAGAGAACAUAUUAAAUAUAGUUUACAUUCAAAUAUUUAGUUCCUCACCAAAAUAUGAUGUCAAUGCUUAUAGUAAUGUAAUGUACAUAUAAUAGACAUGUAAUGUACUAGGUUGAACUAUGGGGAAUAAGUGUAAUCAAUUUAAAGUUGAAUAAUUUUGUUGUAUUAAAAUUGAUAUAACAUAUUGUGAGACUGUGUUGUGUAGAAAAGACUGAUGAAUCCUGGUUUUGAUCCUGUGCUUAGGAGGUUUUACUGGAUUGAUUUUAUUUCAAGGAUUUGAUCAAAUCAUUUUGGCUAUAUCUAAACAAAUUCUGUUAAUGUUAAUGUUAAUUGUGUUAACUUAAUUCAAUCAUAUAGAACCAAUGUACACAUUUGUAUAAGUAAAUCACUUCACUGCACUGUUUUUUAGUGUAGAAUUAAACAUUUUCAGACAACAAAUGAAAUAAACUUUCUAUGCACCA